AUGAGGAAUGUUCUGUUUGGCUGCAUCCCCCCGCACACGGAGACCCCCCCGCACACGGAGACCCCCCCCGCACAUGGAGACCCCCCCCGCACACGGAGACCCCCCCCGCACACGGAGACCCCCCCGCACACGGAGACCCCCCCCGCACACGGAGACCCCCCGCACACGGAGACCCCCCCCGCACACGGAGACCCCCCCCACGCACACGGAGACCCCCCGCACACGGAGACCCCCCCGCACACGGAGACCCCCCGCACACGGAGACCCCCCCGCACACGGAGACCCCCGCACACGGAGACCCCCCGCACACGGAGACCCCCCCGCACACGGAGACCCCCCCGCACACGGAGACCCCCGCACACGGAGACCCCCCCGCACACGGAGACCCCCCCGCACACGGAGACCCCCGCACACGGAGACCCCCCGCACACGGAGACCCCCCCGGCACACGGAGACCCCCCCGGCACACGGAGACCCCCCCCGCACACGGAGACCCCCCCGCACACGGAGACCCCCCCCGCACACGGAGUCCCCCCCGCACACGGAGACUCCCCCCCGCACACGGAGACGGAGACUCCCCCCCCCACACGGAGACGGAGACUCCCCCCCCGCACACGGAGACUCCCCCCCCCGCACACGGAGACUCCCCCCGCACACGGAGACAUCACACUCUCAACAUAUUCUAGGAAGCCGUGCUGA